CAUAUUGCUACUCGCCUCUCUCUUCCGCCAUUAUUUCAGUGUUCCCUCUUCUUCAACUCUCUGUUUGAAAUCACCCACAUUUACGAAUCUCGAUCCCCUUACGAAAUAGACACAAACUAAAGAUCAUGGCCACUCACGUUGUCACUACCACUAUUUCUCCUCUCUCUGCCAACCAGAUCUCUGUUUACGGCCAUCCGUCUCCUGUCAACUCGGCUUCCGCCACCCCUGCCAACAAUUCUCCAACUUCUCCCCGUCUACAGCAUCUUCCUUUGCAAAGUCGCCAGCUGCGGCCUCUCAAGGGUCCCUUGUACGUCCCCGCUGCACUGCGUCCUACCGAACGCCCUCAGAAGUCCUCUCCCCCAACCCCUCCGCGCAGUGCGCACGGUUCUCUGGACAGUUUGAACGACGAAGAGCCUAGUACGCUCGUCAGCCGUCGUUCGACCAUGGAGAGCAACUUUAACAACACCAUCAGCAAGCUCGCUGAGAAUGAGUGGAUGAAAACGGAGCACCUUGGUCAAGUUACUGGUCUUCCCACUAGAGAACACUGGAAGGCGGAUGCUGCUUCUCCUAACUGUGACUCACCCACCUGCCGCUCAUCUUUUGGCCUCUUCCUACGUCGUCACCAUUGCCGCCACUGCGGACAUGUGUUCUGCUCCUCUCACACUCCCCAUAUGGUGCCUCUUGAUCAAGAUGCUCGCUUCCACCCUGAAGGAGUUCCUUCUCGCGCCUGCGAUCUCUGCUGGAGCGCUUACCAACGCUGGGAAGAGGCUCGCACUGAGCGUUUGAACAAGAUCCAGACCCUCUUGACUCAGCAGGAGACGACUAGCAAUAGCAACCAAGACACCGAGUCUGCCACCAACGCUACAGCGAGCUCCGACACUCCGCAGCAAGACGAUCUUUCGAACCAAGCCACUAAUGCUCCUCAGGGCCAGGCUACUGAAAUCGCUGCCAGCGUUCCCCGCGGAUGGAACUGGAGCACCUUCUAAUCGGAUCACUGAUCUACGCUCUACGACAGUCCUACAUUUUCUGCAUAUGCAUGUCAUCUCCAGAUUCACUCUCUGAAUCUGUCCUCAUGAUCUUUCAGCGAGGUCUUUCUGACCAUCAUUUCGGUCAAUUUCGGUCAUCUGCGCGGAGUACUGGUUUUCAUUCCGGGUUCUUGCCUUUCGUACCCUUUCUUUUCUCUUCGCAUAUUUUUUUCAUGCGACUCAUAGAAAGGGCUCAUUGUCUUUAUU